AUGGGAGGAGAUAGAGAAGAAGAAGAAGAAACAUGCGACAUUGGGUUAAGUCUCCGGCUCGGUUCUGGUGGGUUCACUUCAAGGUCCACCAACGAAGUCAAACAUAAGACAUCCGGAGUUCAAUUGAGUCUAUUGUUUCCGUCGAAUCCAAAGGAAGAAAUUGUCAAUGAUUAUCAUGGGAAAAACGAUGGGGAUCGAUGGAGUUCGAAGACGGUAAAUCAAAAUGAUCAAGAAGAACAUGCAAAGAUAGUUAAGAGAGACAAUACUAGUGUUGAUAGUAAUAUUGACAAAUAUGAUCAUACUAAUACAAGGAAGAAACUUAGACUCACCAAAGAACAAGCAAAUUUGCUUGAAACUAGCUUCAAACAACACAAUACCCUUAAUAUGAUGCAGAAGCAAGAAUUAGCAGAAAGGUUGGAUUUACGGCCUCGACAAGUCGAAGUUUGGUUCCAAAAUCGGAGAGCAAGGACGAAAUUAAAGAAAACAGAAGUUGAUUGUGAAGUGUUGAAGAAAUGUGUUGAAAGAUUGAAUGAAGAAAACAGAAGGCUGAAAAAAGAGUUGCAUGAAUUAAGAUCAGUUAAACUUGAACCACCAUCGUCAUCAUCUUUCUAUCCUCAUCAUAUGCCAAAAAAUGUUGCUGCCUCAGCUAUGUGCCGAAACUGUAACAAGGUUUCCAACAAGAGUAGCAGUGAAAACAAACAUAAUACUCUUACUCUUUUCAGUGAUAUAGGUAAUGCUAAUGAUAAAAUCUGA